AGCGAAGCGAAGUGAGCGCAGCGCCUUGUCGGAGCCAUGAGCUUUGAGCUGGCGGCCUUCCCGCUGCUGGGCAUCGAGCGGUUUCUCUAUGGCUACAUCUACCAGUUCCCCGAGUCUUUCAUGAGAUGCUGCAAAGGGCCCUUGAAGCCUUUGCUGGACUUCGACGAGGGGGUCUACUGGCAGGUGGCGAAGCACCUGGGUGUGGGCAUCAAGGUCUUCCAGUUUGGGGUUGUCGGGUACGACCUCUUCCUGAGAAGGUCGCUGUCGUUGGCCGAGCCCGCCUUGCUGUGCCCGGGCUUGGGGUUGGUGGGCCUGGGGCAGCUGCUGAACUCGGCCACCUUCAAGGCGAUCGGCGCCAAGGGGGUCUACUAUGGCGCCCAGCUGGGAUAUGACGUGCCCUGGGCCACCGGCUUCCCCUACAACCUGGGCAUCGGCGAUCCGCAGUAUUGGGGCGUCAUCUUCUCUGUCUGGGGCUUCUACCUCUGCCUGGCCGGGGAGCGCAACUUGUUGGCGCCCCACUUCCUGGUGCCGUGGCUGGAGACCUUUUGGUACAUCAUGUCCAUGAAGCUCCUGGAGCACUCGGGCAACGGGGGCCGGAUUUUGAAGGCCCUCGGCUUCAAGAAGGACAAGUGACUGGCGUCGGGAGAAGCCGCGGAACUGACGCGGAGCCGGCGCGUGAGUGCUGCAUCUCCCUAUCAUACGGGCGGGG